UUACGGCGUGUUAUUUAUGUGCGACGACGGCGAAGGGGGGAAGAUGGCGGCGGCCAUGGUGCAAAUGUCUUGUUUGUACCGUGGGAUGCUAGCGGUCAGGGCAACUGGAGUCCGACCGCACAUCCCAGGCCUGGUGCCGUCGCAGUUUCGAGCAUUUUCUGUGAAGAAGGAGAAAGAGCCGGAACUGGAGGACAAUCCAUAUUAUAAUAAAUAUCAGGAAAAGAUCAGAAAGCUACGGAGUGCCAAACCGCAGGAGUUCAAUGCUCGACUCGAGAAGCGAAAUGAAAUUAAACGGGAGCCACUCGGACACUCCAAACAAUCAGAGUUCGUCAAACUCAUGGAGCAGGAGUUAGCGAAGCGUGACAACCAGGCUGAUGGUUCAGGCAGAUUCACCAAAGACAAGUUUAUUGCACAGACCCUAGGAUCUAUCCUGAACUUGGACUUGAUCCAGGAUAAGUCAGGAGAAGAAAUUGCAGAGCUUUGGAGGCAGUAUUAUGCCACAAAAGACACCAUAAGCGCUGUCAUACCAUUCCUGUAUGCGUUACCCCAAAAGGAGGGCUAUGAAUUUUUCCUGGGGCAGUGGUCGGACCACGAGCUGCAUUUCACGUCCCUGAUCAAUGUCCAGACCAUGGGAGAGCACGCCCCCAGUCAGUUGAUCCUCUACCACUAUUCUGACCUGCAGAAAGACAAGGGUGUAGUGCUCAUGACUGCCGAGAUGGACCCUAAGUUCAUGACAGUACAUCUGGCUCAGUGCUUGGCCAAUCAGGUGCAGCUGUUCUACGGAACCCAGCGGCAGGAGAUUUUUCGAUUGGUGGAGACCUUCAACCACAAACCAGCUGACUUUAAGCACAUGGCAGUGAUCGCUGAGUUGGAACAGAGUGGCGUCAAUCCUGCGCUCUCCUCUGGGAACUAGAUCAAGAGUUGUCAGACUGUGAAAUUAUGCUCCAAUUUACCAAGGGAUUGGCACAUGGUCAUUCAUUUGGAGCCAAUUUUGCUUUUGCAAAAAUGACAUCUUUUGCUUGGCACUAAUGACCUGGUUGACCAGAUGCAUCAGUCAAAAUUUAUGCUAAAUUCACAGGCAUAGAUGAUGUAAUGAAUCAAUGUUAUUAAAUCUUAUCAAAGCCUUAAAUGUUCUUUUUCACCUCGCCCCUGUCCAUCUUACUGUUGUACUUGACAGUAGUAUUCCUGUCAGAACCCAGUCUGUAACCCAUAAGGCACUCUAUACUGUACAUAGGCCUGUAGUCAAAUGUAAUGCUCUAUGACCCCUUGUGGAAGGCAGUGCUCUAUACACGGAAUAGGGUGCCAUUUCGUGUAUGGUGUAUCCCCUUCCAAAUAUUCUUGUUAUUUUUAUAUAGAAUAACAACAGGAAUUUGGCUUUCAAAACAAUGAAGUGUACAAUGAGAUUUCGUACAUAAGUAUAUUUGUACAUAUAAGUAAAAUCCUCUCACUCUCAACUGCGUAUAUUUUCAGCAAACUUAACAUGUGUAAAUAUUUGUAUGAACAUAAGAUUCAACAACUGAGCCAAACUGAACAAGUUCCACAGACAUGUGACUAACAGAAAUUGAAUAAUGUGUCCCUGAACAAAGGGGGGGUCAAAAUCAAAAGUAACAGUCAGUAUCUGGUGUGGCCACCAGCUGCAUUAAGUACUGCUGUAGAAAAGGCCCAUGGAGUUGGUGGAAUAAUCCUUUAAUUCAUGGCGCUUUAAUUAGGUCAGGUGGAAAUGACCGACAGAUCUCAUCCCCAUAAAAGGAGGAAAUCGCCAUUGCCCGAUCUCGCUGCUUUCUCUUCCUUAACUCUGUCUAAUCCAGAAGUUCUGUGCGUCCACGAAUCCACGUAAAUCCACCGACUCUGUUACCUUUCAUCUGAACUAUCUGUUGCGAUCGGGAGAGUGGGCCAUCAGUUAUUGUUUAUAGUUAUUACCGCGGAGCGCGGCUUGGAGGGCACACUUCAAACAUAUUGUGUAAUGUGAAUGGUCAAUGAUCAUGGCCCUACGCAUCAUCAUAGGCCAAUUAUUCAAUCGAUAUGGUUAAUAUGUAAUGAAAUUAAUUACAUGUACACAUGAAGACACUUGAAAGGGUGAAAUGAGAAAUGUCAUUGUUUGCUGAACUGAUUGACUUUGAUAUCAAACUAAUAGGGAUAAUAGAUUGAAUAACCAUUCACUGUUUGGAUUCUUUUAUGAUAAAUAGUUACGAGCCUAAAUGACUCACGGAUGAUUACUUUUGACUUCUUAAUGAACUGGAUUGUUGAAUUCCCUAAAUUAUGUUAAUAAUGAAUGAUUAUGAAUUGAUUUUUGUGAUUAUGAAUUUGAUUGGAUACAUGUUAUUUUGUUUCCUUUGUUAUGCAGCACAGACUACUCAGUAAAUAUAGCACUUUAUGGUUAAAGGAA